UCUUGCCAUGUUUUCCAAGCGGGCUUUCUAUCAUCCAUAAGUCCCUCAAGCCUGUCAUCGAAAUCAAUUCGGGGGAACCUUGGAGUGGUUUGUGGAAAUCUCACUCGACUGAAACGCAAGUGCUACAUAGAGGAAGAAGGCAUGAUAUUUAGUGGAAAUUCAUAAAUCAAUCAGCAGUGACACAUAAGACCGAACCAAAAAAAUUAUGCUUCUAAUAAAAAAGAUAAAUUCUGGAAUGUGC